UUUAUUUCAUAACACUUAUCUCCUGUUGGGCUGUCUGACCAAAACCUUCUUUGUUGUAAUCUGCCUAGCAACCUGUUCUGAAUUAUUUGAUUGGGUGAUUCGCGCAGAGUAAACCAGAACAGCAGGCCACUUCUGUCGUCCCGAGCAGCUUUUGUCCUUACCAGAAGUUUUCUCCUUUUAAAACCAUGAAUCGACCAACAACCUGGAUGUUUUUGUUUCUUCCGUUAAUGUGGCUGAAUUUACAGCCAACUGUAAGCGAGAAGCAUUCCCUCACUUACAUCUACACGGCCCUCUCCAAACCUGUCGGACUCCCCGGCAUCCAUGACUUCACAGCCAUGGGUCUGCUGAACGACAGGAUGAUCGACUACUUUGACAGUGAGAACCAGAAGAAAGUUCCCAAACAGACCUGGAUGAAAGAGCGACUGCCUGCAGAUUACUGGGACAAAGGCACACAGUCCCGCCAGAGCAAGCAGCAGUGGUUCAAAGUCAACAUCGAAAUCCUGAUGCAACGAAUGAGACAGAACGACACCGACGUCCAUGUUCUUCAGUGGAUGCACGGCUGUGAGGGCGUAACGCAGCCCGACGGCGAGAUUAAGUUCCAACGCGGCAUGGACAUGUACAACUACGACGGAAACGACUUCCUGUCCUUCGACGACGCCCACGAAGUCUGGGUCGCCCCAACUCAAGAGGCCGAACAGACCAAGAGGAAGUGGGAUGAAGUCCAGGUCCUAAAAGAAUACACCAAAGGCUACCUGGAGAACGAGUGUAUUAGUUGGUUGAGCAAGUUCGUGAAAUAUGAGCAAAACCAGCUACAAAAGGCCUCUGCUCCAGCGGUGUACCUGUAUACAAAGAAGACCAGAGUUGAGGCAAACAUCAUUUUGACGUGCCUGGCCACAGGUUUCUACCCAAAAGACAUCGUCCUGCAGAUCAAAAGGAACGGCCGUGUUCUAACGAGAGAGGACGGAUUGAUCUCCUCGGGCGUUCGACCAAAUGAAGACGAGACCUUCCAGAGGAGAGACAGCGUGGAGAUUUUAAGGAGUGACGUGUCUACGUACACCUGUGAAGUGAAUCACCCUGGAUCCAGGUUGCAUGUUGAGAAGGUCUGGGAUCAUACACUUCCUGGCUCUGGAGGAACCAUCAUUGGUGCAGUGGUCGCGGUGGUCCUGGUUGUGCUCAUAAUCGGUGUGGUGCUGGCUGUCUUGUACAAAAAGGGCGUGAUUGGCAACAAGACCAACAAGGGGUCAGAAGAGUCUCUGAGCAGCGGUGACUCUGGCGACACGGGCAGCCAAAACCCCACCCCCGCGUCCUCCAUCACCGGGUCCUCCAUCACCGGGUCCUCCAUCACCGGGUCCUCCACCCCCGGGUCCACCGCCCCCGAGUCCCAAAGUCUCCUGAAGGGAAAUGCAGCGGAACAAGCCUGAAGUCUCUGCAGAUGAUUUUCAUCAGACUACAUGAAGACUCACUGUGCUUACCAAUACAACAAAUACAUUUACUCUGGGAUGCAAAUUAAAAGGGGAAUUUGAAAAUCGACAAACAUAUAUAAGCUCAGAAAUUUCUCCACUGCCUCUUAAAGGGUUCAAUACAGUGAAGUACAGUGAAGCACCGAUCGGACAGGGUGUUUACGGAUGUAGCGACACCGCCAAUCACAACUUUCACAAAUCAGCGUGUUCCAGCCACGCUUAGCGGCUUUUUAAAACAUCUGGCUGUCGACAGUCAUAAGUAGGAAGUGCUGUUCUGAAAAUGUGUCUCUGUCAACCCUGAAACGUAAAUUCGACAAUGAAACCCGUCAGUUUAACGCUGCCUGGACCGGCAAGUAUGUGUUUAUUUUACCGCCAUCUCCAAACGCCUGCUAAUUUUUAUUACAUUUAUUUGCAUUUGUUUAAAAUUUGUCACUACCAAACACUUUUAACAGGUUUGAAAUAGGCUGCUGAAAAUGUCCGGCCCAUCUACACGUCCUGGUUUUAAAAUCUGGCCCAACUGAGUUUGUAAUUGAACAGCCCUGAUGCAGUCAGUCUCAAAGUUUUAACCAUGGAUUAAAAAGAAGUACUCUAUAUUUUGAGUGAGUGAUAAGCAGGUAUCAUUUAAAGCAAGUGGUGUGACUUAUAAAGUACUGCUUGUAUUCAUUUAAUACCCUCUGUUGUAAAUACAAGUUUUCUUUUUUUUGAGUUUAUGAAAAAAGCAUUUUAGAAGCUGUUGAUGUGCAAGUUUAUUGCAAGAAUCUGAUCUGAUAUUAUAAAACAUGCUCCUGUCACUGAUCGUUUGUGCUGGGUGUAUUGUUAGGGAAUGACAGGCCUCUGAUCACUUUUUAAAUCCAAGAUUAAAUUAAUACUGUUUGCAAAAUAAAGAUUAUUUUUUUAUUAUUAUUUACCAAUUUCCUGGUAAUUCGUUGCUGGUGGCUUUUCUAAAUACAGUAAAUCAUGAAACAUUGUCUGUCUUCAGCAUAUUAAAUAUUAUUUUCUGGAUUUUAUAUUUCUGGUUUGUUUGGCACUCACGUAGUUGACAAAUAUGAAAGUAUUGUUAUCCAGCUGUUUAUUAGUUGCUGAAAUGCGAGGAUUUUUUUGUUGUUACCUGUGGUAAAAAAAAAAAAAGUGCACACCUGAUGAUGAUAAUAAUUAUAAUGAUAAUUGUUUAAUUAUCUUUUUUGGAAAAUACAAUAAAAUAUGUCUGCUUAACAAG